AUGGAACUUUUAUUGAACAGUGGACUUUCAAACGUUGUAGCCCUAACUGAAGAAGUUUUCUCCGCCUCUAGCGAAGUAUUCGGUAAAGUUGCAAUUAAAAAAGUCCUCAAAACCUCUACUGAGUUUGAAGCUUUCCUCAGCCUCAAACACGAAAACAUUGUCGAAGCCAUUGAAAUCAUCGAAGCCGAAGAAUUUGCCUUCGUUUUGAUGGAAUUCGCUGAAUUCGGAGAUGUUUUUGAAUACAUAAUGAAAAACGGCCUCAUGUCCGUUGAAGCCACCCUCUCUGUCUUCUCUCAAGUUGUCAAAGCAGUCGAAUACUGCCACUCAAAUGGAAUCGCCCACAAUGACAUUAAAUUAGAAAACGUCUUGUUAUCUAAUGGAUGUGUCAAACUGGCUGAUUUUGGAUUUGCCAAAUCAACCGUUAUUGUUGCCUAA